GCCGAUGCGUGUCCUAACAUGGUGGCAGGUAUGUGAGAUCUCUUCUGGAGUCUCCUCCUCCUCCACCUCCACCACAGACACACGGACAGUUUCUAUCGUAACGACACGCUCACGCAGUCAGUGGCCACAGUGAGAGAAGCGACGGACCGACCCCAGCCACCUCGCCAUGGAAACACAAACGGAAAAGCAAAGGCUCCCUAACGGCCAGCUGAUUUUGGUGCCUCACAAGGACACCAUCCGUCUGCUGGAGAUUUACGUCAAGCGCAGCCUGAGCGUGAACGAUGGGACGCUGGCGCACAAGAGGGACGAGAGGGCGGAGAAGUGGGUGACCAAGAAGACGAGGCGCCACUCCAGCGACCCGUCCCUUCACCUCCUCGCCGUGGGAUUGGACGACAGCGGCGCCGGCGCGCCGCUCUCCGCGGCCGACCCUCGCCCAAGUCCGCCCGACGUGUCCCCCGAGGAGCCGGAGAGACGGACCAAGAGGCCCAGGAAGAACAAGAAACCCUCGUUUUGGAAGAGCUUACUUGGCUUUUUCUCCCGGAAGAGCGGCGAGGACAAGGACGAGGAGCAGGACGCUCCCGCAGGGGCGGCGUCCAGGGACUCCGCGGCGGCAGUGGUGUCGGACGCCGCCGCCGCCUGCCUGUCCGCUCCUCCGCUCCCCUCACAGAAGAAGUCCACGAGGAGGAAGUCCAUCAGGAGACGGUUCUCAAGUCGCCGGCUGUCCGUGAUAAAACCGAGUAAACCGGGCAAAGAGCUCAUCGGCGAAUUUGAAGCCGUCGUCAGCGUAGAGCCGACGUACUCCUACUACGAGAAGGUGUCGGAGGAGCUGGAAAAGAUUGUGCACGAGGUCAAGGUCAAAGAGGAGGCUCCGGCUCUCUCAGAUGAGGAAGUCAUCGACAGGAUCAUUGCCUUGACAAAGCAGCAGGGUGACGCCAUCGAAGACAAGAUGAAAGAUAACCCCACCCUGAGCAACUUCUUCCAGGGCAUGUCGUACUCUUCCUUCCAGAAGAUGGCCGACGCCUAUCUGGAGAAAGAGAGGUCGCCGACCCGAAGUCCGCCCACCGUCCUGCCGACGGCGCCCGAGCUGGUCAAGCUGGCGUUCACGCUCGACUUCACGGCGAGGAUCGUCGGCCUCUCCAGGCAGAACAUCGGUCACAUCACAGGCCUGGGGAACCGCUACCUACAGGACCGGUUCGAGUACCAACAGGCGUGUACAGACCAUCCAUGGUCCGAAUGCGAUGACUGAGACUCUCGCGCCAUGUGACAGCGCGACCACUCUUCAGCUUUUUUUUCGGUUUUUUUUCCCCUCGCUCCUCAGAUUGUGGUCGGAGGACGUGUGGCAAGCAUCAGUUCCCUUUACGCGCACACGCACAUUUUCUUUUUUUCUUAAGAAAAGAAGAGCGGCCUGAAAAAAAAGACUUUAAAAUGCAGUUGGACGGCUUUUUUUUUUCUUCCUCCGGUGAAGUGUUGACUGACGGCCUUCGCACGCAAGCACGGUCUCAUCGACAACACGCUGCAGUACUUCGGAAUCACCAGGACCUGGAUCACACAAAAAACAAAAGAAAGCGACGCUCUGAAACCCGACAGUGAAUCAGACGCUCUCCCGUACGUUGACUUGUGAUAACAAAAAAUUGAAAAAGCAAUGUGAUCACCUUUGAUGUAAAUAGGCUACAAGGCAACUCAGUGCAAUAUGUUUUUACAUGUCUAGGAUUUACCCAUUAGUAAAAUGUAUAUAAUGGAAGCUCAGCUAAAAUGUGGAAUUAUUGAUGUGUGUCGAUAUGAGUGCUGGCAUUCAUAUCGCAUGCUCCAAUAAAAGAGAUGCUUUAAUGCACUUUUGAA